CCUACUACCAAACUCCACUCCUGCUCAGAUAACGGACCUCUAGCCUUCUCUCGUCUGCUCUCUGGAUCAGCAGCCAUGUCUUACUACAGCACCCAGGGACCUUCUGUGAUCACCAGGUCUUCCCGCAGCUUCACAUCAAGUGCUACCCCUAAGGCUCACAGUGUUUCUGGAUAUGGCAUGAGGACAAGCCCUCGCAUAUCCUCCGCCUCUUACCGCCAAGUCUCCUCCGGUUUUGGCGGUGGCUUAGGUGGCUAUGGUAGUGGUUCUGCCUACGGAGGUGGCUCUGCUGGAUUCGAUCUGUCGGGCGCCAUGGACCAGUCAAACGUGAGCCUGAACGAGAAGGCCACCAUGCAGAACCUGAACAACCGCCUGGCAACCUACCUGGAGAAGGUGCGCUCCCUGGAAGCUGCCAAUGCCAAGCUGGAGAAGCAGAUCAGAGAGUUCUACGAGCAGAAGGGCCCGGCUGCAGAGAGGGACUACAGCAACUACUGGGCAAUCAUCAAUGACCUGAAGGACAAGAUCAACGCAGCCACCAUCAGCAACGCGAACAUCCUGCUGCAGAUUGACAACUCCAAACUGGCAGCUGAUGACUUCAAGACCAAAUUUGAACAUGAGCUGAUGAUGAGGCAGUCAGUCGAGGCCGACAUCGCCAACCUGCGCCGCCUCCUGGAUCAGACCACGCUCACCAAAGCUGACCUGGAGAUGCAGAUCGAGGGCCUGCAGGAUGAGCUGGCGUACCUGAAGAAGAACCACGCUGAGGAACUGGCGGCAAUGCGCUCUCAGCUCACUGGCCAGGUCAACGUGGAGGUUGACGCCGCUCCCCAACAGGACCUUAACAAAGUUCUUGAGGAUAUCCGUAGCCAGUACGAAUCCAUCACAGACAAACACCGUCGUGACCAAGAGGCUUGGUUCAACGAGAAGUCGGCUACACUGAACAAAGAAGUAGCUAUCAGCACAGAGACCAUUCAGACGUCCAAGACUGAGAUCGGCGACCUUCGGCGCACACUGCAAGGCCUGGAAAUCGAGCUGCAGUCUCAGCUCAGCAUGAAAGCGGCUCUGGAGAACACACUGGCAGAGACAGAAGCCCGCUUCAGCGCCAUGCUCGCCGGCUACCAGAACACCAUCAACAUGCUGGAGGGCGAGCUGGCCAAUGUGCGUGCUAGCAUUGAACAGCAAGGCCAGGACUACAAGAUGCUGCUCGACAUCAAGACCAGACUGGAACAGGAGAUCGCCACCUACAGGGGUCUGCUGGAAACAGAGGAGUCCAGACCCCUGGCCAUGGGCUCGAAGACCACCAUCACCACUAUACGCUCAUGAGGUGCAACUGGCAGGACAAGCUGUCCUCUCACACACACACGAAGAAAAGCUGUUACACCGAAACAACACAAGAAUAAACUUGAAGUAUGAAUUAACAAAAGUUUGAUAAGACAUCUUGUGUGUGUUUGUGUGAGCGGGCACUGUCUGAAAAAUAAAACUGCUGGUGAAUUUAAAA